UCCACCAGCCAUCAAGACAGUAACAGACUUAACAUGAGGGCGUCUGCACGUCCGUUUUACUCUGAGCGGUACUUGUAGAAGGAAGGAGAUUGGGAACAAAACAGAAGAGGGGUUUACACAAAAAAGCAGGGUAACUAAAAGCAGUAGAUUGUUCAAGGUUUGCAGAGGUAGGGAGAGCCGAGGACGAGAAAACUUAACAGAAUUGUUGAAGCUGAUGGAAGCACAAGGAUUAUCCGGAUUGCAAAGAUGUUUGUUUUGACAGCUGAUCUGAAGGGUUGUUCCCUUGCCUAAAGAGAAAGAGGGAGGGAGAGGUUUACAUACAAGAGGUUUUCCUGCCAAAACAUUUGAGACUUCAGUGCUGUGUCUCUGGAUAAAGCUGGAUGCAAGGCGGGCGCAGCUUGAACAAUAACCCUGACCCCUGGUCAGUAGCAGGACUUCUCCACUCGGCUUCAGCUUGCGAGAUGAACUCGGGCAGUGCCAAAGAUUACCUUUCCAAAAGGGAGAUACCUCAACUGUUCGAGAGCAUGUUGACGGGGCUGAUGUACCAUCGGCCUGAUGACCCAAUUGAGUACCUCGAGGGAUGUCUGCAGAGAGUCCGAGAACUGGGAGGACCAGAGAAAGUGAAAUGGGACACGUUUAUUACCCAGGAGCAUCAGCUGCUGCCCCCGAUUAACAGUGGGCAAGGGAAGAAGCCAAUAUUCCGAUCAGAACCAAGCGUUGCUCCUUAUCGUCGCUAUGACCGCCUGCCUCCAAUCCAAGCUCAGUUUUCAAUUGAAAGUGACUCUGAUAUGACGGAAUCAUCUGGGCUGAUUCAAGAAUAUGAUGUGUUUGACCGAACCAAGGCCAGGCCGUGCAUUAUUUUUGUCAUCGGUGGUCCUGGGAGUGGGAAGGGAACGCAGACUGCCAAGAUGGCCGGACGGUAUGGAUUUGAGUCCGUUUCGGUGGGAGAGAUCUUACGUCGACAGAUGCUGCACCAUGCACCAAGUGACCGCAAGUGGGAGCUCAUCGCACAGAUCAUUGCCAAUGGCGAGUUGGCACCUCCAGAAACAGCUAUUGAGGAGCUGAAGCAUCAGUUUAUGAAGCACCAGGAUGCAAAAGGUUUCAUCGUGGAUGGGUUUCCCAAGGAGAUCAGCCAGGCGUUUACAUUUGAAGAGCAGAUUGGUUCCCCUGACCUGGUGCUGCUGCUAGCGUGUUCCAACCACCGGUUACGCCAGCGCCUGGAGAAGCGAGCCGUGGAGCAGGGCCGGCCGGACGACAACAGCCACGCCAUCGAGCGCAGGGUGGAAACCUUCAAACAGAACAUCAACCUGAUUGUGAAGUAUUACCAGGAGAAGGAGCUCAUUGUUCGGUUGGACGCAGACCGUGAAGAGGAUGAAAUAUUCAGUGACAUCGACGCUGUGGUCUCGAAGAGACUGUUCCCAGCAGGAAGAGACGUGCUGACUGGGAAGGAGAUGCAACAGGCCUGUGACAGGGACACGAGAGAAGGGGACAGGCCGGAUGUUCAGGCGGAAGACUCAUCACCCGCAGAGGACAUUGCAAUGGCAGACAAACUGAAAGAUUGCAAGAUUAUCUUUGUUGUCGGUGGCCCAGGAUCCGGCAAGGGAACUCAGUGUGAGAAGGUUGUACAUAAAUAUGGCUACACUCACCUAUCCACCGGCGACCUGCUGAGGGCUGAAGUCAAUUCUGGCUCGGAGAGAGGGAAGCAUUUCCAAAACAUUAUGGAGGCGGGAGGACUUGUGCCUCUGGAAACUAUCCUGGAAAUGCUGAAGGAUGCUAUGAUUGCUAAGGCCGAUGUCUCAAAGGGCUUCCUGAUUGAUGGCUACCCUCGUGAAGUGAAGCAAGGGGAAGAAUUUGAGAAGCGGAUCAAGCCUCCCACCCUGCUCUUGUACAUCGAUGCUGGAAAAGAGACAAUGAUCAAACGGCUCCUGGGGCGAGGGUUGACUAGUGGGCGCUCUGAUGACAACGAAGAAACCAUCGCAAAACGCCUGGACACCUAUUACCAAGCAACUGAGCCCGUCAUCAACUACUAUCAGCCCAAGGGCAUCAUUAGGAAGAUAAAUGCAGAGGGUACAGUGGAUGAGGUCUUUGCUCAAGUUUGUGCUGCUCUCGAUGCGUUGAAGUGAACGGGGCACAGAAGUGUCUUAUCAAUGCCCCUCCUCUCCCUUUGCCCUCUUGAGAAGCCUUUAUCCUCCUGGGCUCACUUCCAGCCAAAUCAUGGACAUCGUUAUAAAGAAAACAGCUUCAUUGGUUAAACUGGGAAUCCAAAGGCUUCACAUCUGAAAAUUUGAUUGGGUCCAUCUUUGCAUAUUGUGGUGGCAUUGCAAGUGAGCGAGCGACACCGAAUGAGCCAUAAAUUUUAUGUCUUCAAUCAUAGACCACUGAACACCAUCCCCCACUGAA